AUGGUUGCUAGCACGAGAUUUUGCAUUUUUGGGCUUUUAGGAGCUGCAGCGGUACAUGCACUCCCCGAGCCAGCUAGGGCCCAGGUGACUGCCGCCCCACAGUUAGCAGAGAGAGCGACAAGCUGUACCUUUUCCGGGUCUAAUGGUGCCUCAUCGGCAAGCAAGUCCAAGACUGCCUGCUCCACCAUUGUACUAUCCGCAGUAGCUGUGCCUUCUGGUACCACAUUGGAUUUGACCGGUCUGAAUGACGGAACAACGGUUAUAUUCGAAGGAGAAACAACUUUUGGUUAUGAAGAGUGGGACGGACCUUUAGUGUCGGUUUCUGGAACAGAAAUCACUGUCAAAGGUGCAUCUGGUGCGACCCUGAAUGGCGACGGGAGCCGUUGGUGGGAUGGAGAGGGUUCGAAUGGAGGCAAGACCAAGCCCAAAUUUUUCUAUGCUCAUAAGAUGGUGUCCUCCACCAUCAGUGACAUCAAGAUCGUGAACUCUCCGGUUCAGGUGUUUAGCAUCAACGGCGCGACAGAUCUUACGCUCAGUGACAUUACUAUCGACAACAGCGAUGGAGAUACCGAGGGCGGCCACAACACUGAUGCCUUCGAUGUGGGAUCGAGCACGGGAAUCACCAUUACUGGUGCAACUGUCUACAACCAGGAUGACUGCCUGGCAAUUAACUCUGGCACGGACAUCACAUUUACCGGUGGCCUCUGCUCGGGUGGACAUGGGUUGUCCAUUGGCUCCGUUGGUGGACGAAGCGACAACACUGUAGCCAACGUGCUCAUUGAGAAUUCGCAGAUCGAAGACUCCCAGAAUGGCGUGCGAAUCAAGACUGUCUACGACGCGACUGGCUCUGUGAACAAUAUCACUUACAAGGAUAUCACGCUUUCGGGAAUCACCAAAUAUGGCAUUGUGAUUGAGCAAGACUAUGAAAAUGGCAGUCCCACUGGUACUCCAACAGCUGGUGUCCCUAUCACCGAUCUUACCCUGAAUGGUGUGAAGGGAACAGUGGAAAGUAGUGCAACAGAUAUAUAUAUUCUUUGUGCUUCAGGUGCAUGCUCAGAUUGGACUUGGACCGGUGUCAGUGUGACUGGCGGCAAGACGAGCAGCUCUUGUGAGAAUGUGCCUAGCAGUGCUAGUUGCUGA